GCCAAGGAAGCUUCACAUCAUUCAUUCAUUUUGAGUUUUCAUUUCAAGGAUGAGAAGUUGCUCUAUUUGACUAAAGUUGGUUUCUGCCUUUCUGUGCGACUUUGGGCUUUGUUUCAAGUUCUAAACAGAUUGACGCUGAUGGUAGUUUCCCUUACUUUGAGGGCGAUGGGGUCCAGACUGAAGUCCCAAACGUCUCCAAUGGAGUCAUCGAGAGCCUCCUCAAUGCCCCUCAGUUGAGUUGUGUAUUCCUCCAGAAACUUGGCGUAGUUCUUGAGUUGAACGUCCGUGUGUAUUUCUGUUGGGUGGGAGAUUUCAUCAAGUAGUAGUAGUUAAGUAGUCAUUUCAUUUUUUUUUCUUUUUUUCCCCCAUUUUAAUUUCUUGGAAGUAGUUUCAUCAAGUACUCCUAAGGUCGAUGUUACGAAAGCACAGUAUUAUUUCAAGGUGCUAAAAACUCUUUGAACGAAUACCAUGACACUGAGUAUUUUGAUCGGCGUCAGAGUAGAAUCUUCCAAACAGACAUUGUAUAGGACCUCAUUAAAUGAUAGAGAGGAAAAAACAAGACACCAACGUGCUGAGUCUCAGGGUGCAUUCAAGCAACUGCCCACCAGAGUGCAGGUUCAGUGAAUGACACACCUUGUUGAUUUGAGCUAACUCCUUUUAUACACAUCAGAAGGUUUCGUUAUGACUGUUCAGUAGAAGGUUUUGACAUAUGUUUAGCAGAAGGUACCUCUGGCCUUGGGUGUUAUCAGAAAAGGGAGUCAUCCUAAGAACAUCAUUCUUCAGUAAUCUACCUUGUGUGCUAUAAAGAAGAAAAGGGAGUCAUCCCAAGAUGUGGGCACCCCUCUGGCCUCGGAUGUUUUGGAAAUGGAACUUCAUUGUUAAAGAAAGGAACAUAGCUUCAUGAGUACAAAUAGAACAAUCCGACAUUAGACACUUUUUUUUGGUUGGUGCCCUUUAUUUAUUUAUUGUAUGCAAGAUCAUUUAUUUUACAGGUGUGUUAUUUACAGUUAAAACCGGAUAAUUACAUAUUAUUUAUAAUCACUAAAUGCCAGAAUAAUGAGGGAUAGAAAUUUGUUUAGCCUAUUUUUCAUUACUUUCUACAAAGUUCGAAGUUGACAUACAUUCUAUUAGUAUUGAGUACCAUUGCCUUUAAACUGCGCAGCUUCUCACAAUAGUUGACAGGAAUAUUGGCCCACUCCUCCUGACAGAACUGGUGUAACGGAGCCAAGUUUGUAGGCAACCUUGCUCGCACAUGCCUUUUCAGGUCUGCCCAUAAUUGUUCAAUAGCAUUGAGAUUAGGGCUUUGUGAUGGCCACUCCAGAACACUGACCUUGUUAUAUUUAAGCCACUUUGUAACCAGUUUGGCAGGAUGCUUCAGCUCAUUGUCCAUUUGGAAGACCCAUUUGCACCCAAGCUUUAACUUCCUGGCUGAUGUCUUGAGCUGUUGCUUCAAUAUUUCCGCAUAAUGUUCUCCUUCUUAGAUGUUCUAAUGCCAUCCAUUUUGUGAAGUCCACCAGUGCCUCCUCAAACAGAACAGCUCCACGACAUGAUGCUACCUUCAGCCAGCAUCUUCACAUGGGCUUUUGCUUUUGUUCUUGGGUUGAUAUGCAUAUUUCGGACCAAACCACGUUCAAUUUUGGGACACAGAACCCGACUCCUUCAUGAGCAGUAUGAUGGGUGGACAUCCCCAAGGUGUUUAUACUUACGUAUGAUUGAUUGAACAGAUGAAGGUGACACCUUCAGGUAUCUGGAAUUUGCACCCAAGGAUAAAAAAAGACUUGUGCAAUACCAAAAUUGUCUUCCUGAGAUCAUGGUUGAUUUCUUUUGACAUUCCCAUGGUGUUGCACAAAAAAGCAGUGUUUCAUGUGUGCCUACUUCAGCUACAUCCACAGGUGUGUCUCACAUUUACUCAAAUGUUAUCAAAAACCUAUCAGAAGCUUCCAAAUAAAUGACAUCAUCAUCUGGGUUUCCCCAAAUUGUUUAAAGGCACAGUACUCUUACUGUAUGUAAACAUCUGACUUUGAAGAAUGUAAUGAAACAUUUUCACACAAACAAUAUGUUUCUGGCAUUUAGCAAAUACAAAUAAUGUUGAUAAUCAUAACUGGCCUACAGUAAAACAAGAAAGGUUUAGUCCAAUUUCAUGUUAGACAGCGUGGAGAAAAAAACACAACUUUUUAUUCAGUGAAUGUAAACAUCUGGUUUCAACUGUAUUUUCUCAGUAAAAAACGGAGACUUUAUGCCAUUCUUGGAUACAUCCAGGGCCCCCCAAAUAAGGGAACAACACUUUGGUGUGACUCUCUUCCACUUACAUGCCACAAGCUGGCACUGAAUUACCACCAACUGCCAUGGACGUGCCAACACCUGCUUCUAAGAAGUAGACUUUAAAACCUGGGUUACUCGAGAAAGUAGGAUCAGUGUGCUGCGUGUACGAAUGCUUGGCAAGUAUAACGUGCAGUAUUAGUGGAAACAGCUACAAUUGCUCAACAGUAAAGUGCAGGCAAGUAUUAGCGUUCUCCUAACCAAUAACUGUCAAACGUGGCGAGCAUGCUUGCUACAGUAUAUGAUAUGUGCUGGUCAUUGUAUGAGUGUGUAUGGAGCGCUUGUGAGAGGGGUGGGAUGAUGUCGCACUUAACUCAUUGUGGACACUCAGCACAUCAUUCCGAGGAGGAUGCCACAAGGAACCGUCACAGUCAGCAGUGCGGCGUGAGAAGUUAUUGUCUGUGGACUUACGAAACAUUAAUGAGCAAGUAGAGCAGGAUUCCAUCUUGCCAGAAGCCAACUUGACAUUAUGGUAUUCCCAGACUCAAAGGAUGUGAUAACAAGUGGGUCUAAGGAUAAAACGCCCAUCCAGAACCACCACUUACCACAACACUCUGCAGGACCGAACCAUCUUAUCCCUAAAGUUAAUAUUUUACCGGUCAGUGUCAAUUAUGAACCACAGGACUACACUGAGACAGACCCACUACUGCCCAAUGAGUGCUACAGCGGGUCAAGAUUCAGUGGGUGUGAGGAGGCAAAGAUGCCACGUGGUGCAGAGUUACCUGCUGAGUCAGUCUACGCCUUGGUGCUGCAAAUCCUGGUGCCGUUCCUUCUGGCUGGGCUGGGAACCGUCUCUGCUGGACUGCUUCUUGAUGUGGUUCAGAGCUGGGACAUAUUCCAAGAAAUCCCAGAGAUCUUCAUUUUGCUUCCUGCUGUGUUGGGCAUGAAGGGAAACCUGGAAAUGACGCUUGCCUCUCGACUGUCAACGGCGGUAAAUGCGGGAAAAAUGGAACUUGCAAACGAAAAGUGGAUGUUGAUCAUUGGAAACCUGGCGCUCAAGCAGCUACAAUCGACUGUUCUGGCCCUUUUAGCCUCCCUCGUGGCUAUGGUGUUGGGCUGGAUUGCCGAUGGAAGGAUACCAUUUGAUCACGUUGUCCUUCUGUGUUCAACCAGCGUUUGUACCACAUUUGUGGCUUCACUGCUGCAGGGUAUAAUAAUGGUGGGAGUGAUUAUCGGCUCAAAGCGAAUUGGGAUCAACCCUGACAAUGUGGCCACAUCCAUGGCAGCCAGCUUUGGAGACCUCAUCACUUUGGCCUUACUGGCCUGCUUCAGUCAGUGGUUCUACUCCUUCAUUCACUUGUAUUUGUAUGUGUUGUACCUCUUGGAUCUGGUUUUGUUGUGCCUGAUACCUCUGUGGAUUGCGAUCUCCUCCAAACACGCCGAUUGUCGGAUCCUCCUCCGUACUGGGUGGGAACCGAUCAUAACAGCAAUGGUCAUCAGCAGUAUGAGUGGACUUAUUCUUCACCAGACUGUGUCAGACCCAAACUUGGCCGGAAUCAUACUUUAUGCCCCAGUUAUCAAUGGCAUCGGAGGAAACCUGGUCUCCAUACAAGCGAGCCGCAUUUCCACAAAUUUGCAUUUGAAUUUCUCAUCUGGGGAGGUUCCCGAAGAUCGUAGGAGAUGCCACCAACCCUGUGGCGCCUUCUUUGGUUCAGGACCAAAUCACAAAUCUGCGAAGGUCCUGCUUCUUAUGGUCAUCCCGGGCCAGCUGAUUUUCUUAUACGCCAUUCACCUGAUAAAAGGGGCGCACACGAUGCCCAGUGCUCUUUUCACUGUCGCGUUCUUGACCGCUUCCUUGAUUCAGGUCUUUACCUUGCUGUUUAUUGCUGACUGUGUGGUCCACUGUUUGUGGCGGAGGGGUAAAGACCCUGACAGUUACUCUAUACCCUAUCUCACAGCUCUUGGUGAUCUUUUGGGGACUGCUCUUCUCUCCCUUGCCUUCUUGUUGCUUUGGUGCAGUGGAGAGACUGCCGGAGUAUAAAUUCAAGGGGAAUGUGAAACAACCGAAAUGUUUGUGUGUUUAGAUGUGAGAGGACAAAAUAAAGUUAUGUGUUGUAUAGUU